CCGGGAGUGCCCACGCCGCUUCCGGGGACGUCGCCGGCCCUGAGUCCUGCAGCCGCGUGUGGGACGAUUGCCGCUCAGCUUCCGAGUUUCUCGCCUGCACCCGCGUCAGGAACUUCGGGUACCGAAGAUAUUGGAUCGCCACUGCCGAAACCACCAGCGCUUUCUGCUGUUCCUGUCCCGCGACUGCCGCAUGCAGCUGGGCCCUUUCAGAACUUUUUGCCACCGCUCGCUCCGGGAGCUAGCGUUGGACUGCAGCAGUCGUCUUCUUGCGUCGUCGGCGGAACGACGUAUUUCAAGGCACCGGGUCCGCCUUCUAGUUUCGACUUCCUAGCGCCUCAGAGUCCGCCCUUGUCAAGCUUCCAUCCCUUGUUCGCACCUCUACCGUCGCUGCCUCCAGCGCAUGUGAUGCAACCGUUCGCUGGAGAUCCUUCGCCAUUUCCGCCUCUCUACAACCCUGCUUUUAACGGCGGAAACGGUCUAUCCGCACCCGCGAGCGGCCUGAUGCCCAUGUCUGCCAGGUCCGCGUCUUUAGGCGGCCCAUUCGAUGCGACCGGUGGAGCAGUGAACAAUUCCAUGCACUUUCCGGCACACGGAGGUCCUCCAGG